AGUACGCAAUGGGUCGCUUCCGAUGGCGGUACUAUAUGGAAUUAUGGCACUUGCAGCCCGGUUGUCUGAUGAGGAAACGGUGCGUCAGAAGGCAGAUAUAUUCUUCUCGAAAGCCAAACAUCUUCUAAAGAUGAACAUUGAUGUUCCAUGUUUGGAUAACAUCCAUGCGAGUAUAUUGGUCGGUAAUCUGUGCGGCGCUGAAGCACAGUCUGCAACAGAGGGCAUUUUCUUUGGCAUUGCAUUUCGCAUGGCACACAUUCUUCAUUUACCAGAGUCAAAUACGACAGAAGAUAGCAUUACUCAGGAGAUCAAGGUUAGAACUUGGUGGUCCUUGUAUAUGAUCGACCAGUGGUCCUCUGCAGGGCUCAAUUUGCCCAGACAGUUCCAUGAUGAUCAACAUCGCUUACCAAUGGCUGAAACUGAAUUUUGGUCAUUGAAAUCAGGGCAAAAAGUUGGAAGUAUUUCUCAUUCAGGGCCUGGUCUUUGGGGCCAUAUGGUGAUUCUUGCUCGAAUCUUCGGCCAUAUUCAAGAUCUUCACCAGAAGUUAGCAAACGGCUUGUUGGAGGAAGGAACAGCAGAAAUAAUAACCCAAAAUCUGGCACAAAAAUUCGAGCAUUUUGUCCACGACCUUCCACCCACUUUACAAUUCACAUCCGAAAACUUGAGGCUACAUGCUCAGAUAGGUCUUGGACGAGCGUUCGUGGCUCUCCAUCUAGGAUACCACCACUAUGCAACCCUUCUAUAUUUCCCAUACUUUGACGUCAAAGCCUCUCCGAAUGUGAAUCGAACAAUGUUUGUAGCUCGCUGCAAAUAUCAUGCGACAUCUUUCAGUGACCUGCUGAGAUCUUCUCAAGAGACCCCGGACUGUGAAGCGGUCUAUCUCAUCGUGGCACAUAUGACUGUGGUAUCAUCAUCUGCGUUGCUCCACACCCUCUUAUUCGGGAAUCAGGCUGAGCAACUUGAUGUUAGAAAGAGACUGUUCAAUAACUUUGAGACUCUGCUCAAGCUGAAACAAUACUGGCCUGGCGUUGAUUUGAUGCAUGCUUUACCCAUAGAAGGUGAGGUAGGACAGCUAGCCACCGUCGAGUUGAAAGAACGUGGAAAAUUCGCCAGUGAUGCUCUGUCAAUGCUUCGCCCAGAACGUUAA